CUCUAUCGUCUUCAACCUCCAUAGCUGACUUCUCUAUUAGAAACCCUAGGUUUUUCAUGUUCCGAAUUCAGUCCAUUUAAAGGCUCAAGAAGCUUAUUAAGAUGAUAAAAGUCAACUUAUUCUUCCAUCAUGGUGGUGAUUGGAUUCGAGAACCACAUGUAUUGUAUGAAAAGAAAUGGGUUCACUAUUGGAGAGAGUAUGAUCCUGAUCUCUUAUCUUAUAUUGACAUUGUAAAUGAGUACACUUUCCAGUUAGGAUUUGUAGGUGUCCAACAAUUAAUUGUUGCUGGACCAUCUGGAAAGUACUUUGAAUUACAAGGUGAUGAAGGUAUUAGGAAAUUAUUAUCAUUUGUCUCCGAAGAAUACCAUGUCAUUCAUUUCUUUGCUACUGAUGAAUGUGAAAUAGCUGUGCAUGUUCCAAAUAUUCUACAAAGUGAUGAAUCAUUUUUCUUAGUACCUAAUUUUGUUAAUGAAGUUGAGACAUAUGCGCAUGUUCCAAAUGUUCUACAAAAUGAUGAAUCACUUUUCUUAGUACCUAAUUUUGUUACUGAAGUUGGGACAGAUUGUAGUGACACUGAGGAUGAUAAUGGUAUGGCAUUUGAUUGUCCAGAAUAUGAUAGUGAGGAAUUAGAGAGACUUGCUACCCACAAGAGAAGGCCUAUCACUGAAAAUCUGAAUGAUUUUAGGGAGUUAGUUAAGGGUAUGACCUUCAAGGACAUACCAGAAGCAAGGAAUUUCUGCAGACUUUAUGCACUGGCAAACAAGAAAGAGUUAGUUGUUGAAAAACGUGAUACGCAUAGGGUGAGAUAUUCAUGUGAUGCUGUAGGAUGCCCAUUUAUAUGCCACAUAUCUGAUGAUGACACUACUGUUGGGGUGACUGUUAAGACUUUAAUUCCUCAUAGUGAUUGUGGUGUAGUGUAUGAUAACCCACUGAUCAACUCUAGUAUCAUAGCUCAAUAUUUCAAGGGAAAGUUACAAGAUGACCCAAAAUACAAGGUAAAAGAUAUGAGGGCUGACUUACAUAGAGUUUUUUAUUUAAAUGUAAGUGAAGGAAAAUGUAAAAGAGCCAAAAGAGAGGUCCUGGAAACUCUGGAAGGUAGUUUUACAGAUAAUUACAAAAAUAUUGGGGGCCUAUGCAAAUGAAUUGAGAGAAUCAAAUCCAGGAAGUGAUGUUGUGAUUAAUUUGUCCAAGGAGGCACUAGCUCAAGGUAAAAGGAAAUUUCUAAGAAUGUAUAUUUGUUUCAAGGCAUUGAAAAUGGGUUUUAAGGAAGGGUUAAGACCAUUUAUUGGGUUAGAUGGUACAUUCCUUAAAGGAAAAGCCAAGGGUCAAGUAUUGGUUUCUAUUGGUCAAGACCGUAUGAACCAAUUUUACCGUCUAGCAUGGGCAGUGGUUGAUAAAGAGAUCAAGAGGACUUGGAGCUGGUUCUUACAGCAGUUGCAACACUCACUUGAACUCCAUAAUGGCAAAGGAAUAACCUUCAUAUCAGACAUGCAGAAGGUGUUUUUGUAAAUCUAUUUUUUAAAUCUGUUUUUUUUUAUCUAUUUUUAAAAUCUGUUUUUUAAAUCUAUUUUUUUUAAAUCUGUUUUUUAAAUCUGUUUUUUUAUCUGUUUUUUAAAUCUGUUUUUUAAAUCUGUUUUGUAAAUCUGUUUUUUUUUUUAAAUCUGUUUUGUAAAUCUAUUUUUUUAUCUGUUUUUUAAAUCUGUUUUUUUUUAAAUCUGUUUUUUAUCUAUUUUUUAAAUCUGUGUAAAUAUUGAGCAUUGUUUGUUUCUUAUAUGUAGGGACUGCUCGAUGCAGUAAAGAAUGUACUACCUGAAGCACAUCAGAGAUUUUGUGUAAAGCACAUUGAGGCAAAUUGGUGCAAAAGGUGGAGUAAAGGUGAGUUGAAGAAGCUUCUGUGGUGGGGUGCAUGGUCCUCCUACGCUGAGGAGUUUGGAGACCAACUUGAACAGAUGAAGCAGUUGGAUGAACCUGCUGCAAAGGACUUAAUCAACAGGUAUCCUUCAGAAACAUGGUGUAGAGCUUAUCUUGAUACAGUCUGUAAGAAUCAAGGAGUGGACAACAAUUUUACAGAGUCAUUCAACUCUUGGAUACUUGAAGCAAGGUAUAAGCCCAUCAUUGGGAUGUUGGAUGACAUAAGGAUUAAGGUGAUGAAUAGGUUGAGAGAAAAUGAUGAGUUUGUGAAUAAGUGGUAUGGUUUGGUCAGUCCUAAUACAAUGAAGUUGUAUAAUGAAUAUUUGAAAAUAGCCCAAGUGUGCAAGGUCAAUGGCAAUGGAGACAGUGGAUAUGAGGUAACAGAAGGACAUGAUAGACAUGUGGUGAAUUUGAGGCAACGGCGGUGUACUUGUAGGACAUGGGACCUUACUGGAAUCCCAUGUCCACAUGCAAUCAAGGCCAUGAUUCACAAGAAAAUUGACACUAUUUCUGAGAUACAUUGGUAUCAUAGCAAGUAGGCAUUCAAGCUAGCAUACAAACACAAUUUGCAGCCGGUUAGGGGCGUACAGUUUUGGAAUGUUGACCCUUCUCAGGCCAUGGAACCACCAGCUUUGGUCAAACUUGCUGGCAGACCCAGGAUUAAGAGGGAUAGAGGGAAAGAUGAGGCCCUUAAGAGGCAAGGUGAAUGGAAGCUUUCGAGGAAAGGUAGAGUGAUGACUUGCAGCAACUGUGGAGAGCCAAAUCAUAAUGUUAGGGGCGGUGGCAAGGUAAAUUAACACAUCUAUUAACUGUUG